AUGAGCAGCACAGAACCCCCUGCUGCGCCCGCGAAGGUCGUCGUCGACUGCAAGGAGGUCGGCGUCACCAUCGACUUGCAUAGCCCACCAACGGCAUCGAACUUCCUCGCGUAUAACCGCGUUUGCGCAACGCUGGACAGCGACUACCUCAUGCAGCCCAUCAACGAAGCGCAGUACGACAGCGAGACGCAGGCGUGCGUGGACCGCCUCUCCAACGGGCCGACUUCGUUCUAUGAUCACUACGUCCGCAAGCCAACGCGCAAACGCGGUCUGGCCGUUGGGUGCGAGAGCCCCAUGGACCACGUGGGCGUGAACGAGGACUUUUUGAUGCCACCGGCCCAACGGGACUUGCCCGCCGCAUGUGCGCAAGCUGGCGCUUUUAGUGACCCGUUGACGCGCAGACUUGCGACUGGCCGAAUGCCGCCGCGUGACUGA